AUGCAAAAAAUAGUUAUAAUAAUGGAGAAGAAGAUUAAUGUGUUUGUGCUGUCUAUGAUCUUUUUACUGGUGGGCUCGUCUUUGAUGUUUAGGAGGGUUGAUUGCAGAGCCUUACGAUCGAAACAAUGGAGAGACGUCAACGGCCAAGAUCAAUCCACCGAGGCGGCCAUGAAGGUGAAGAAAAGCUGGAGCAGUAAGCGUCCUUUGAUGAGGAGCUAUUGUUUCCGGUUAGCUUCUGGGCCGAGCGGAAAAGGAGUUGGCCACUAAUCAACAAUUUCUACUUCUGUUUUUCGAUUUUUUUGGAUUUCUUAUAUUUAAAUUAAAUGUAUAACUUGAAAGUUUUUGUUGAAUGAUUCUUUCAAGGAGUAAUAAUAUCCUUCCAUGUAAAUGUACGUAUUUUGCAAAUCUCUAUAAUAUUAUUUGGAAAA